CCGAUUCACUUGGUUUCCUUGCCCAUCACCACGCAAAAGUCCUUUGUCUACUGCAUCCAUGACCAAGAAAAGACCAUAGACACGUCUUCUCCGUUCACAAGGGUGCUGUCGAGGUUACUCGGGCUCGGAGCCAAGGGCUGGCAGAAGCUCUGCGACUCAGACUUGGCCAUCAACAAGAAAACCGUUCAAUAUAUGAAGCAGUUGUUGCACAAGAUCCCGUACAACGAGGGCAGUUUACGCUCAAUUCCGUCCCAGGCGUUGCUCAAGCGCACCUUACAGAAAGAUUCUGCCAAGGACCACCUCGACGAAGACUCUCAUAAGGUCUUGACGGCGCUCCAGAUCCAGAGCUUGCCCAGUGAGAUCACCGCUAACAUGGCAGACCACUUUAUCAACCUGGUCGAUAGUCUCUUGUCCACCGACCAGAUGCACUUGCGCAAGAUCGUGUUGUGUGCGCUCGGGGCGCCCUUCACGAUUCCGUUUGGGUUGAUCCCGGUGUUGCCCAACAUUCCCUUGUUCUGGCUCAUGUUCCGCGCGUGGUGCCACUUUGAGGCAUUUCAGGGUGUUAGACAUUUACGAUUUUUGAAGGGGACCAGCAAGGAAGAGUCUCAUUUGGAGGUUGUCAAGUUUGACAAGUUGGACGAGUGCUACCAUAAUGGCGGGGCCAACAUAGAGAAGUUUGAUGGCAGUGAAAAGGUAGUGUUGAAUGAAAGGAUCAUUAAGGAGUUGGCUGAAAAGUUGCACGCACCGAAGCUAGAGGAGCUCCUAAAGGUGGCCUUGGCCCAGGAGAAG